GCGCGAGGGGCCAGCAAGGGGAGUCCAUGGUGGGGACCCAGCUCAGGAGACAGGGAGGGAUCAAGUUCAUGCCGCCAGCCGGUGGUUACCACAGCCUCAAGCCGAAUCACACUCAGCCAGGUCCAAGGAAAAGGGCGACAAAGUGGCGAAGAGGAACGGCUGGCUCGAGCGGCUUUUCCCGCUCCUCGCCACAAGGACCAAUGAGCUUCAAGCCCGGCGCUCUGGCUGUGCGGCACAGCCAAUAGGGUUCGAGAGCCACCACGGAGGGCCCGCCCCUCCCCUUCCUGCCCCGCUUCGCCCCGGCAACAAUCGCGCCAGCCAAUAGCGCGUCGAGUUGAGUCGCGCGCGCACACACGUUGCCUCCCGUCUUACUUUGCCAGAUUGUUCUUCACGCUGGAGGCAGGCCCAAGAAGGCGGCGGAAGUGACUUCCCAGCUGGACUGCUAUGCGGAGGACGGGUACUGAAGCUGGAAAGAAAAUUGGACAGAGAAUUCAGGGACUGACAAGAACCAAACUUGAGACUCCAUCAGAAAUUGGCUCCAGAUUGAUCUGUCACAUCCAGGACCCUGACUCAGAAGCAUGGGACUCCAGGAUUUGAGAUCUCUGCAGCUGCUAUGCCUCUUAGAGGCCAUCUCUUUUUUGCCUUGGACUGAAGCUCUUUUGUGCUAUGAGGCGACAGCUUCAGCCUUCAGAGCUGUGACCUUGCAUAACUGGAACUGGCUUCUGUUGAGGAGCAUGGUGUGUAAGCUGAAAGAAGGCUGCGAGGAGACCAUAGUGUAUAUUGAGACAGGGACCAGUAGGGGAAUUGUGAGUUUUAAAGGCUGCACCUCAGCCUUAUCUUACCCCCCACAAAUCUCCUACCUCGUCUCUCCACCUGGAGUGUCCGUUGCCUCCUACAGCCGUGUCUGCAGGUCCUAUCUCUGCAACAAUAUAACCAACUUGGAGCCUUUUGUGAGACUCAAGGCUGGUGAACCUAAGCACACAGCACCUUCUGCCAAACAUUGUCCAACCUGUGUGGGAAGGCACGACCAGGAAUGUCUUCCAAAUUUUGUCACCACUGAAGCCUGUCCCUUUGCUGCUUCUUCAUGUUACAGUUCCACCUUAAAAUUUCAGGCAGGGAAGCUCAAUACUACCUUCCUCAUAAUGGGCUGUGCUCGUAAUUCAGACAAGCUUUUAGCAAAUUUUCAGCAUAUUGGGAGCAUCAGAGUGACUGAGGUCGUCAACAUCUUAGAAAAGUCCGAGGCUGCUGGUGCAGGGCACUGUAGUCAAGGUCCUCCUUGGAGCAUCCUCUUAGGCCCUCUGCUUAUCUUCAGAGACUGACCACCCAGCGAAACUGGAAAAAUAUCAGACCCCUUGCAUAAUCAAAUAAAAUCUCAGAAUUA